CAUCUUUUCGCAUUGUUAUCUCUAUCCAGCCCACUGGAAUUCUGAAACCGUCACCAUCCGAUGGGUUCCAUUGACUCGCCGUCAAUUACAGAGAACGGUACUACUCAAUCUCAUGCCGCCGCACCUGCCGACGGCGACCACAAACCUUCUCCCUCUUCAAACGCAGCACGACCGGAGGUGUCUCCGGAGCCUGAGACAACGAAGAAGAGGAGGUCGAGCGUGCUCCCGCUGGAGGUGGGUACUCGCGUGAUGUGCCGUUGGAGAGACGGAAAAUAUCAUCCCGUCAAGGUCAUCGAACGCCGUAAGAUGCACUACGCUGAGCCUAAUGAUUACGAAUACUACGUUCAUUACACUGAGUUUAACAGGAGGCUUGAUGAAUGGGUGAAGCUUGAUCAGCUUGAUCUCGAUUCUGUCGAAACUGUUGUUAUUGAAAAGGUUGAAGAUAAGGUCACAAGCUUAAAAAUGACGCGCCACCAGAAACGCAAGAUUGACGAGACACAUGUAGAAGUAGGCCAUGAGGAGUUAGAUGCUGCUAGCUUGCGUGAGCAUGAGGAAUUCACAAAGGUUAAAAAUGUAGCAACCAUAGAACUUGGAAGAUAUGAAAUUGAGACGUGGUACUUCUCCCCCUUUCCCCCAGAGUACAAUGAUUCGUUGAAGUUGUACUUCUGUGAGUUCUGCCUCAACUUCAUGAAGCGCAAAGAGCAACUUCAAAGGCAUAUGAGAAAGUGUGAUCUCAAGCAUCCCCCUGGUGAUGAAAUAUAUAGAAGUGGUACGCUUUCAAUGUUUGAGGUUGAUGGCAAAAAGAACAAAGUUUAUGGGCAGAAUCUUUGUUAUUUGGCAAAGUUAUUCCUCGACCACAAGACCCUUUAUUAUGAUGUUGACUUGUUUCUGUUUUAUGUAUUGUGUGAAUGUGAUGAUCGAGGUUGCCAUAUGGUUGGAUACUUUUCCAAGGAAAAGCAUUCUGAGGAAUCAUAUAAUUUAGCAUGCAUCCUUACCCUUCCUCCAUAUCAAAGGAAAGGCUAUGGAAAGUUUUUGAUUGCCUUCUCGUAUGAACUUUCGAAGAAAGAAGGUAAAGUUGGCACACCUGAAAGACCACUUUCCGACUUAGGGCUGUUGAGCUACAGGGGGUACUGGACAAGGGUUCUUUUAGACAUCUUGAAAAAGCAUAAAGGAAAUAUUUCCAUCAAGGAGCUGAGUGACAUGACAGCUAUAAAGGCAGAGGAUAUAUUGACCACACUGCAGAGUUUAGAACUGAUUCAGUACAGGAAAGGUCAGCAUGUAAUAUGUGCAGAUCCCAAGGUGUUGGAUCGCCAUCUGAAAGCUGCUGGGCAUGGUGGUCUUGAGGUUGAUGUUAGCAAAUUAAUCUGGACACCAUAUAAAGAACAGAGUUAAUGCCUGCCUACUUGUAUAAACAACAGGUCUGAAUUACACUUUGUCUACUUAGUCUAGAGAUUUGUAGCUUAUUGUGUUUAUAUAUAAAACAGAGGUCUUAGAUUAUGAGAUUAGAAACUCAGAAACUUAGAAGAGUCGACUCGAGCCAUUAUAAUCAGGACGUGAUCAUCAUCCCUUCUCACCUGAGACAUGUUGGGAGAAGCUAACCUCUAUAUUUAUUACAUCGCGUGUUACAAUUGACUUGAUUGAAAAUUAAAUGCUCAAAUUGUACUUGUGUUUUUUCUUCUUUA